GCUGGCCUCUGGGCCUCGGCCCCUCACGGCCCCUCACAGCUCCCCGCGGCCCCACCGGCCAGGCUCGGUCUCGGUCACCGGCCCAGGCCUGCAAACCGGCCCCAGCCUUAGGCAGUGGGAGUUCUGGAAGCCCACUAUUUCCUCAGGAAAAGUUCUGGAAAAGUGAGUUUUGUCAGUCGACUUUUGGAAGUCACGGCCAGAGCCCCUCCAGGCCGCCUCCAGCGCCGCUGUGACCGGAAACGGAAGUGCGUGUCGGUCAGUGGAACCAUGGCGUCUUUAGUGGACCUGCCGGACUUGGUGCUUCUGGAGAUCUUCUCUUACCUCCCGGUCCGGGACCGGAUCCGCAUCUCCAGGGUCUGUCACCACUGGAAGCGGCUGGUGGACGACCGCUGGCUGUGGCGACACGUCGACCUGACGCUGUACACGAUGCGGCCUAAAGUCAUGUGGCACCUGCUUCGCCGGUACAUGGCGUCGCGGCUGCACUCGCUGCGGCUGGGCGGCUACCUCUUCUCGGGCUCCCAGGCCCCCCAGCUGUCCCCCGCCCUGCUGAGGGCCCUGGGCCAGAAGUGCCCCAACCUGCAGCGCCUGUGCCUGCACGUGGCCGACCUGAGCAUGGUGCCCAUCACCAGCCUGCCCAGCACGCUGCGGACCCUGGAGCUGCACAGCUGCGAGAUCUCCAUGGCGUGGCUGCUGAAGGAGCAGGACCCCACGGUGCUGCCGCUGCUCGAGUGCAUCGUGCUGGACCGCGUGCCCGCCUUCCGCGACGAGCACCUGCAGGGCCUCACGCGCUUCCGGGCGCUGCGCUCGCUGGUGCUGGGCGGCACCUACCGCGUCACCGAGACCGGCCUGGACGCCAGCCUGCAGGAGCUCAGCUACCUGCAGAGGUUCGAGGUGCUGGGCUGCACCCUGUCCGCCGACAGCACCCUGCUGGCCAUCAGCCGCCACCUCCGCGACCUGCGCAAGCUCCGGCUGACCGUGGGGGGCCUCUCCGCCCCGGGCCUGGCCCGGCUGCAGGGGAUGCCAGCCCUGGAGAGUCUGUGCCUUCAGGGCCCCCUCAUCACCCCGGAAAUGCCCACCCCCGCCGAAAUCGUCGCCUCCUGCCUGGCCAUCCCCAAGCUCCGAGUGCUGGAGCUGCAGGGGCUGGGCUGGGAGGGGCAGGAGGCGGAGAAGAUCCUGUGCCGGGGGCUGCCCCACUGCGUGGUCAUCGUCAGGCCCUCCCCCAAGGAGUCCAUGGACUGGUGGAUGUGAGGGGACGCCCCUCUCCCGGGCCAGCCCGGAGGGCGGGCCGUGGUGGAGCACCAGGACAGCCCAGGGCCUCGGGGCGGGGCGUCGGAGGGUGCCCGGCGUGUGGGCAUGGCCACGGGCAGGGCUUCCCCCCACAGCCCGCCUCGGGGAGGCCCACCCCGCGUACGAAACAGCCACCAGAGCUACCUCGUGAAUACCCUGUCCAGCGCAGACCCUGCCCUAUAUGCAGGCUAUAUGCAGUGCCUUUUCCCGGGUCAUCCUCAGGGUUGUGUCCUCAGGACCCCCGAGGGGCUGGAGCUGGGGCCUGGGGCCUCGCCCUUCUCCAGCCCAGGAGGAUGAUCCAUGCCUGAGCUCGAACCUAUGCAGUCCCUUCUCUCCGCAUGCGAGGCAUUGGAUCUUAGUGCUCCAAGCCUGUCUUUGCAUAGCCAAAUGUUUCCAAAGGUUCUAUUUUGUAUUCUGCUUUUUUCAAGUUUU